AUGGGGAUGGGGGUUGUGUGGGUGAGAGUUUGUGCGGCGGCACUGGCGGUGUUGUCGGAGGUUAUUGUGCGGGUGGGACGGGAGAAGGAUGGGGGAAAUCUGGUCGGCCGCGUAUUUGAGGAUGUGUUGGAGCAAGAGGGUAAUAGGGAAAAAGCCAUUUGGCAGCCUGCAAAGUGGUACAAUGGAUCCAUCACCUCUCCCUCCUCUGACGGUUUAGCACUGUUCACGCAGCCCUGGACGGCGACGCAUCUCGAGCUGCUUGUAUGGCUGGAAGAUUCCCUUGAAGUUCUCCAACAGGAGGCUUUGAAGCCCAAGAAGCCGUAUCCGGAGGACAAGGCGAUUCGUGUGUUUUGGCGCAGUGUUGGGGAGGCGAGGAGGGUGUUGCAGGAGACCGAGGAUCGGGGGCAUACGGUGGAGAGGGGGGAGUGGAGCGAUUUGGUGAGGGAGAUAAGGGAGUUGGUGGAGCUGCGGGCGUGGGAGACUGAGGUUAUUGAUGCUAGGGGGUGUUGA